AUGUCUCACGAAUCUGUUUGGUACAGCCGCCCACGCACAUACGGAAAGGGAGCCCGCGAGUGCCGUGUCUGCACCCACAAGGCUGGUCUCAUUCGCAAGUAUGGCCUGAACAUCUGCCGUCAGUGCUUCCGCGAGAAGUCUACCGACAUCGGUUUCACCAAGCACCGUUAA